UGCACGAAAACGUCCCAUCCCACUGUAGUCAUAAUUUGCAGCUAGCAAUCCAAGCUAGCUAGUUAUCCGAAGAUGGCGGCUUGUAGACGUGUUCCUCUUCUGCUUUUGAUGUCUGUCCUUUUGUAUAUGCAUCCCAUUCGAGGACAGAAAUCUGCGAACAGUGUAAUCGCCAAUACUGCAGUUAGGGUUAAUAUCCAGGCUCAAAAUCAAGCCGCAGUUCCGGCUGCUGUAAAUGGAGGUUCUCCAGUCGUCGCGGCCUCGCCACCUCGUAGACGCACCAGCGUCUGGAAGCUGGCCGAAGAGGGGGCUUGUCGGGAGGACUUGACCAGGCUUUGUCCAAAAUAUUCCUGGAACAAUAACCUGGCUGUGCUUGAGUGCCUCCAGGAUAGGAAAGAGGAAACCGAGAUCGCUGCUGACUGCAACCAUCUCCUGUGGAACUACAAGCUGAACCUGACGACUGACCCCAAGUUUGAGUCUGUGGCUGUGGAGGUGUGCAAGACCACCAUCACCGACAUAAAAGAAUGUGCGGCGGAGGAGAGAGGAAAGGGCUACCUGGUGUCCUGCCUGGUGGAUCACCGCGGCAACAUCACGGAGUACCAGUGCAACCAGUACAUCACCAAGAUGACCAGCAUUGUGUUCAGCGACUACCGCCUCAUCUGUGGCUUCAUGGACAAUUGCCGCGAGGACAUCAACAGCCUGCACUGUGGCAGCAUAUCCACCGGCGAGAAGGACGUGCACUCCCAAGGUGAGGUGAUAGCAUGCCUGGAGAAGGGUCUGGUCAGGGAGGCAGAGGAGCAGCCCGGGGCCCAUGCCAUCAGGCCUGACUGUAAGAAGGCCAUCAUGCGUGUGGCCGAACUCUCCUCAGACGACUUCCACCUGGACAGGUACCUCUACUUUUCCUGCCGGGAGGACCGUGAGCGCUUCUGUGAAAAUACUCCAGCCGGAGAGGGCAGAGUCUACAAGUGUCUCUUCAACCACAAGUUUGAGGAGGCCAUGUCUGAAAAGUGCAGAGAGGCUCUGACCACGCGUCAGAAGCUGAUUACCCAGGACUACAAGGUGAGCUACUCCCUGGCCAAGGCCUGCAAGACAGACCUGAGGAAGUACCGCUGCAGUGUGGACACCAACAUGCCCCGUGCACGCGAGGCCCGCCUCUCCUACCUGCUGCUCUGUCUGGAGUCUGCCGUACACAGAGGUCGUACGGUGAGCGGUGAGUGUCAGGGGGAGAUGUUGGACUACAGGAGGAUGUUGAUGGAGGACUUCUCUUUAAGCCCUGAGAUCGUGCUGCACUGCCGUGGGGAGAUCGAGGCCCAUUGCUCCGGCCUCCACCGCAAGGGACGCACCCUGCACUGCCUCAUGAGGGUGGGCCGAGGAGACAUGGGCACCAUUGACAACCUCUGCCAGAAAGCUCUCCAGACACUGAUCCAGGAGGCUGAUCCUGGGGCAGACUACCGUAUCGACCGGGCCCUGAACGAGGCUUGUGAGUCUGUCAUCCAGACCGCCUGUAAACACAUCCGCAACGGAGACCCCAUGAUCCUGUCUUGUCUGAUGGAGCACCUGUACACCGAGAAGAUGGUGGAGGACUGUGAACACAGGCUGCUGGAGCUGCAGUACUUCAUAGCACGGGACUGGAAACUGGACCCCAUCCUCUAUAAGAAGUGCCAGGGCGAUGCCUCCCGUCUGUGCCACACCCACGGCUGGAACGAGACAAGUGAGAUGAUGCCACCUGGUGCCAUCUUCUCCUGUCUGUACCGCCACGCUUACCGCACAGAGGAGCAGGGACGGCGGCUGUCCCGGGACUGUAAAGUGGAGGUGCAGCGUAUCCUCCACCAGAGGGCGCUGGAUGUGAAGCUGGACCCCGAGCUGCAGAGACGCUGUAUGACUGACCUGGGGAAGUGGUGCAGUGAGAAGACUGAGUCUGGACAGGAACUGGAGUGUCUACAGGAUCACCUAGAGGAGCUGGUGUCAGAGUGCAGGGAUGUGGUGGGGAACCUGACUGAACUGGCGUCUGAGGACAUUCAGAUUGAGACCCUGCUGAUGAGAGCCUGUGAGCCAGUCAUCCAGUCGCACUGUCACGAGGUGGCAGAUAACCAGAUCGACACGGGGGAUUUGAUGGAGUGUCUGGUGCAAAACAAACACCAGAAGGAGAUGAACGACAAGUGUGCUGUGGGAGUCACACAUUUCCAACUGGUCCAGAUUAAGGACUUCCGUUUCUCCUACAAGUUUAAGAUGGCCUGCAAAGAGGAUGUGCUCAAACUCUGCCCCAACAUCAAGAAGAAGGUGGAUGUAGUGCUCUGUCUAAGCACCACGGUGAGGAACGACACUCUUCAGGACGUCAAGGAGCAGCGCGUGUCUGUCAAGUGUCGUAAGCAGCUGAGGGUGGAGGAGCUGGAGAUGUCUGAGGAUGUCCGCCUGGAGCCUGAGCUCUACGACUCCUGUAAGCAGGACAUCGGGAGGCUGUGCCAGAACGUGGCCUUCGGGAAUGCCCAGGUGAUAGAAUGUCUGAAGGAGAACAAGAGGCAGCUGACCCAGCGCUGUCACCACAGGGUGUUCAAGCUGCAGGAGGUAGAGAUGAUGGACCCAGAGCUGGACUUCCAACUCAUGAGGGUCUGCAAGCAGAUGAUUCGGCGGUUCUGUACUGAGGCUGAUGCCAAGAACAUGCUGCAGUGCCUGAAGCAGAACAAGAACAGCGAGCUGAUGGACCCCAAGUGUAAACAGAUGAUCACCAAGAGACAGAUCACACAGAACACAGACUACAGGUUGAACCCAGUGCUGAGGAAGUCGUGUAAGGCUGACAUCCCUAAAUUCUGCCAGAACAUCCUGAACAAGGCUACAGGAGACAGUGAGCUGGAGGGACAGGUUGUGUCCUGCCUCAAACUCAAAUAUGCAGACCAGCGUCUGUCUCCAGACUGUGAGGACCAGAUCAGAGUGAUCCUACAGGAGUCAGCUCUGGACUACAGACUGGACCCGCAGCUGCAGAUUCACUGCACUGAUGAGAUCUCUCGGCUGUGUCCAGAGGAGGCUGCAGCCCAGGAGCAGACCGGUCAAGUAGAGGAGUGUCUUAAAGUCAACCUCCUCAAGAUCAAAGUGGAGGGCUGCAAGAAGGAGGUUCUGAACAUUCUGAAGGAGAGUAAGGCAGACAUCUUUGUGGACCCUGUCCUCCACACGGCCUGCGCUUUGGACAUCAAGCACCAGUGUGCUGCCAUUCCACCAGGACGAGGACGCCAGAUGUCCUGUCUGAUGGAGGCUCUGCAGGACAAGAGGGUGCGUCUGCAGCCAGAGUGUAAGAAGAGACUGCAGGACCGCAUCGACAUGUGGAGCUACGCAGCCAAGGUGGCCCCGGCCGAAGGCUUCUCAGACCUGGCCAUGCAGGUGAUGACCUCACCCUCCAAGACCUACAUCCUGGCUAUGAUUGGCCUGAGUGUGUGCAUUCUCUUCCUGUUUGGACUGCUGUGUGGCCGCAUCACCAAGCGAUUAAUGCAGGAGCAGAAGGACAGGUAGAGAGAGGGGCCACAGAGCCAGGACAGGGCCCUCACUCAACAUAGCCCCAGCUGCCCUGACCUUAGCCUGGCUCCAUGUACAAACCAUCUCCUUUUUAUCCUCCUCUUCUACCCCCCCAGCCCCCUCCACAUCCCUCCCCGAGACUGGCUUCUAGGGGGAGCCAGCCAUUCGAGCUUCUGUCAUCAUUGCUAUGCUGUCUGAGGGCCACAUAGGGUACGGGCCUAGAUUACCCAGUCUACCCUAUAAUAGUUGGUUUCACUGGUGUGAGAGUGGACAUGCCCUGACUGUGAGACCGACUCAUAACCCCUUCACCAUCUCCACUCCAGUGUCUGACUGAUGUUCUGAAGUUAUACAGGAGACUUCUAGAAGGACGCUGCCGCCACCUGUUUGUCCACCAUCGCUCCACUGCUAACCAGCUAACGCUAACAGACCUGUACCGUCGAGCGGCCCAGUUAGGCCAGCCUGAUGGGGCAUAAGCUAAAAUUCUGGCUUCUACUUUUGGUUUCUCUUGCAGUGGUUUUCUUUUUUUGCUUUAUCUCAUUUAGAGGUAAUAUUUCUUUACAGAUGUUUUCUGUGGGGGGGGGGGGGGGUCAGUGGGGUAGAAGGGGAGGUGGAUUCACAAUAAACAGUAAGACUUAUGUGAGAGAGACAGAAAGAACGUCUCCGUACUUAUGUUCUUCCUGAGAGGCUUUCAAUGAUUUCAGUACUGACAAAUUGCUUUUAGUGUGAGUGUUUGUGAGAAUGAAAGUGUGUGUGAAAUGGGAGUGUUAACUGUUUUUCUAGUAUAUUGUUAUUCUCCUGAGAGGGCGGUGGGGGGGUUGACUGACUUCAGGUUACCCAUGUUUAUUACAUUCACUGAUUUGCCAUGAGACUGCCAGGUGUGAACUGUCCUCCACCGACUGAGCCACAUAGGAGAGGAGUCAACAGCCUACAGCAUAUUAGAUCAGUGGUACACUUAUAAUAACUGAUGAUAAAUAUUAUUGAUUCCUCAAUUUGUGAUUAUACUGACAGACCUGGCAGUGUAUCAUAGAUGGCUCCAGUGCCAAUGCUAACCGAAUGGGUGGUAUGGUAGAGGAACGGUUAGCAUUGACUAGAUGGCUGGACAUCCAGGCGAGUAGUCGCACACAUUUCUCUCAAGGUACUCAUAACAAUGGGCAUUUCAAAGUUGGGAGAGCUGGGUCUAGGUGGUCUGAUUGGACACAACACUGGUGACAGACGGUGCAGAAAGAUAAGUCUAAUUUUGAACACUAACAUUUCCAAAGCUUCCCAUGUAGCAAGUUUAAGCCAAGGGUAUCUGUAGCGGCGUUAGAAUUGUGGUAGAAGGGGUCAAGAACAAUGCAAAAAAAAAUAAAGACAAGUGCUUAUAGAGAAGUUUUUGUUUUGAAAUUAUACUGGAACCAUUGCACAUUUGUAUGUUAUUUUAGUUAUAGACACACAGUACCAGUCAAAUAUUUGGAAACCUACUCAUUCAAGGAUUUUUCUUUAUUUUUACUAUUUUCUACGUUGUAGAAUAAUAAUGAAGACAUCAACUAUGAAAUAUCACAUAUGGAAUCAUGUAGUAACCCAAAAAAAGUUAAACAAAUAAAAUUAUAUAUUUGAGAUUCUUCAAAUAGCUACCCUUUGCUUUGACGACAGCUUUGCGCACUCUUGGCAUUUUCUCAACCAGCUUCACCUGGAAUGCUUUUCCAACAGUCUUGAAGGAGUUCCCACAUAUGCUGAGCACUUGAGUGCUUUUCCUUCACUCUGGUCCAACUCAUCCCAAACGAUCUCAAUUGGGUUGAGGUCGGGUGAUUGUGGAGGCCAGGUCAUCUGAUGCAGCACUCCAUCACUUUCCUUGGUCAAAUAGCCCUUACACAUCCUGGUGGUGUUUGGUAAUUGUCCUGUUGAAAAACAAAUGAUAGUCCCACUAAGCACAAACCAGAAUGGAUGGCGUUUUGUUGCAUAAUGCUGUGGUAGCCAUGCUGGUUAAGUGUGCCUUGAAUUCUAAAUAAAUCACUGAUAGUGUCACCAGAAAGCACCAUCACACUUCCUCCAUGCUUCACGGUGGGAACCGCACACCCGUUCCCCUACUCUGCGUCUCACAAAGACACGGCGGUUGGAACCAAAAUCUCACAUUUGUACAGAACAAAGGACAAAUUUCCACUGGUCUAAUGUCCAUUACUCGUGUUUCUUGGCCCAAGGAAGCUUCUUAUUGGUGUCCUUUUAGUAGUAGUUCCUUUGCAGGAAUUUGACCACAAAGCACACCUGUUAAUUGAAAUGCAUUCCAGGUGACUACCUCAUGAAGCUGGUUGAGAGAAUGCCAAGUGUGCAAGGCAGUCAUAAAGGCAAAUGGUGGCUACUUUGAAGAAUCUCAAAUAUAUUGAUUUAUUUAACACUUUUUUUGGUUACUACAUGAUUCCAUAUGUGUUAUUUUAUAGUUGAUGUCUUCACUAUUAUUCUACAAUGUAGAAAAUAGUAAAGAAAUAAAGAGAAAUUCUUGAAUGAGUAGGUUUGUCCAAACUUUUGACUGGUACUGUAUAUCGUUUGGUCCUAGCCUUAUUUAUUUGUUUACUAAUGGUCAAAGUUUGAGUCCUUUUUUGAUUUGAAUGUUCUCUUGUUGCCUUUUCUCCAGAGCCCCACAGUGGUGUCAAAAUACUCGUAAAACCUAGUGGUCAAACAGAGAAAUGGGUCCAAUUAGUUUUUCACAGGGGAUUUUAGAAAAACUUAAGGGCUGUGUUUCAUGUAGGCUUACCCUGGCGUGACGUUUGGAUAACCAUAAAUCUCAAUCCGACAAGGUAACUUUUAUAAAUAUAUUCGGCUCUAUUUACUCUGAUUCGAAAAUGCAAAUUAGCAUAAAAGUCGACAUCAUGCAAUAGAAUAGAAAAAGUGGAUGGUGGGGAAACGAUUGGAACCAUUUCCCUGUUUGACCACUAGGUUUUAUAGGUAUUACGACACAUACUGUGGUACUCUCUUGCCUGUAUAGCCAAAGGCUUUCGCCUUCGAGUGAAGCCUGGGAGCUGAGGGUGGUGGUGGGGGGGGAGGGGCUUUGUGUUAUCACUCCAGGAGUUUCUUUCCUCAGUGCAGGAAUGAAUUCCGUCUGUUGCCAUUUGUUUCAGUUAUUACUCAAAAGUACUGAUUCAGAUGGGACCUAAACUGUAACCAAUCCAGUCAGAGGAAAGCCCUCUCAACGAGAAGAGUUCAAAGGCAUUUUCAUGACGAUUCAACAAUCGUUUUCGUAAAACAAACUGUCAUGCCAUGUAAAUGGAUUUUAGUAGUUUUUCUCCUAUUGCUACUAUGUCAUUGCCUUGUUCUUGAAUUGGUGUGAGUCCUUCCUUCCUUGCUUGUAAAAACAGUUGAUAAUUUGACUUGUGAAAUGGACUCUGCUGUAACGAUCCAAAAGGUAGAUUUGUCAAUGCGUGCCUACUCUGACAAUCCCAGAUAGUGUUCCUCCAUGUAUGUACAUAAAGUGUGUGUGUAAGAUAGGGAUCCUUCAUGUAUGUACAUAGUGUGUGUGUAUAUAUACAUAUACCACAGGCCCCUGGCCCACUCCUAACACCCCUUCAAACUGAGCAAAGGUGUGUAUGUGCACCCCUCAAAGCGGUCAUACCCCAACUUGGGAGAGGAGUAACCUUCUAACAGACGCCAAGAAGAGAUCUCAUGGCUUUUUUUUUACCAGUACUCCUCUCUUGUGCUAUCCAGACUGCAUUAAAUACUGUUGAGUCGUUCUACUGUUGCUUACUGUUAUUUCUGUCUGUCAAAAGCUUUCAUCAAGUCAAAAUGAAAUGAUAACUUUAACAAUGUCUACAACAUCUGAUUUAAGAUUAUGAUAAAUGUUUUGUAAUGUGUUUAAAUUUACGGAGGUCCAUUUGCUUUCAUCUCUGAUUAUGCCAUGUACUUGAGAUGUAACAGAAUAAUGUAUUUCCCUGGUUUAGAUUUUUGUUCUGUACAGAUGAAAUUGGACAAUUUGUUAAUAAAGACUGCAGGUUUUUA